AGCCUGUCCCCGAGCCGCGCCAGCCGAGCCAGCCGGGCGCCGUGCUCGGUCCGCUCGCCGCGCGGGAGAGAGCUGCCCGAGACAGAGCCAGCCUGCCGGCGCCGAGACGCCGAGCGCCCGGCCCCGGAGCCCUUGAGUGCGGCGCGGCUAGCCCCUGGCGGCGGCAGAAGGACCGGAGCGCCAGGAGAGGGCGGACGGGGGACAAGGAGGCUCCCAGGCGCGACGAGGAGAGUCUCGGAGGAGGAGGCGGCGAGAGGACACCGGGGCCUUCUGCCGCCGCAGCAGGGUCAGGGCGAGCAGCCCAUGCGGGGAGCCCCGGCGGCCAGCCGCGGCCAGGGGAAAGGGCCCCCGCGGCCCCCACACUAGCCAGCAGCUUGUGCCCAGGGGGGCGAGAACGCGCGACCCGCCAGGGGCCCGCCGCCGCCGCCGCCGCGCCGCCCUCCCCCGCGCUGUCAGCCCCGCUGGGCGCAGCCGUCGCCGCAGCAUCUUCUGCCCCUGCGCCCCCGCCAGCCCCGAGGAAGUCCCCGCCGAGGACCUGGGCCCCCGGGAGCAGAGGAGGGAAGACCAGAGACUCCCCUAAACCACCCAGACGCGCAGGAUUGAAGCAGUCUAGCCAAAGCUUUCUGUGGAUUAAAAAAAUAUACGAUUUUUUGGGGGGGGCAGAAGCAAAGGAGAGAAAGACCAGCGGGGCUCUGCAAGGAAAAAAAGGGGAUGUAACUCGUGGAUAUGUUUUUCCACCCCUCAAACAUCUUGUUUUACUUUGUAAACAUUUUCUUUUUUUAAAUCCCAGCUCCAGCCGGACGCCCCCAGACCUCCAAGGUUUGAGGAGGUGUUUUUCAUUUGGGGCUUUGCAUAUUUGGUUCUUAGGUUUUGAGACAGCCUCCUUAUUUCGCCAGACAUCUCAUGCGGGGUGAAGUCCACUCAGCCCCCUCCCCCGAGUCUUCGUGUGCACGGAAUUCGAGGAGAUCCGGUUACUAAGGAUAUAGAGGAAAAAAAUAAAUCGCGUGCCUGCUUUUUUUUUUAAUUGCCUGCUUUUUCCCCACCCCCAAAUUAAGUUGCUUAGCAAGGGGGAAAGAGGCUUUUUCCUCCCUCCAGCAGCCCAGCCGAACGCCUUUCAUUUUUUGCCCCCGCGGAUCUUCCAUGUAGGAAGCCGAGGCUGGCGAGCCCGACAUUCGGGAGCCACUGCGGGGGGGCUUCUUUUUGGGGAGGCGCCGACGGGGGCCGGCUCGCCCGUCCCCAGGGAAGCGGCGGCCGCGUUCCUCCGGGGCGCGCCGGGGCCCGAGAGCCGCGCAGGGCGCGGGCCGCGCGGGGUGGGGCAGCCGGAGCGCAGGCCCCCGAGCCCCGGCGGGCGCCCCCGGGCCCCCGCGCGCGCCCCGGCCUCCGGGAGACUGGCGCAUGCCACGGAGCGCCCCUCGGGCCGCCGCCGCUUCUGCCCGGGCUCCUGCUGCUGCUGCUGUCGCCUGCGCCUGCUGCCCCAACUCGGCGCCCGACUUCUUCAUGGUGUGCGGAGGUCAUGUUCGCUCCUUAGCCGGCAAACGACUUUUCUCCUCGCCUCCUCGCCCCGCAUGUUCAGGACCAAACGAUCUGCGCUCGUCCGGCGUCUCUGGAGGAGCCGUGCGCCCGGCGGCGAGGACGAGGAGGAGGGCGCGGGGGGAGGCGGAGGAGGCGAGCUGCGGGGUGAGGGGGCGACGGACGGCCGGGCGCAUGGGGCCGGUGGCGGCGGCGCGGGCAGGGCUGGCUGCUGCCUGGGCAAGGCGGUCCGAGGUGCCAAAGGUCACCACCAUCCCCAUCCCCCAGCCGCGGGCGCCGGCGCGGCCGGGGGCGCCGAGGCGGAUCUGAAGGCGCUCACGCACUCGGUGCUCAAGAAACUGAAGGAGCGGCAGCUGGAGCUGCUGCUCCAGGCCGUGGAGUCCCGCGGCGGUACGCGCACCGCAUGCCUCCUGCUGCCCGGCCGCCUGGACUGCAGGCUGGGCCCGGGGGCGCCCGCCAGCGCGCAGCCCGCGCAGCCGCCCUCGUCCUACUCGCUCCCCCUCCUGCUGUGCAAAGUGUUCAGGUGGCCGGAUCUCAGGCAUUCCUCGGAAGUCAAGAGGCUGUGUUGCUGUGAAUCUUACGGGAAGAUCAACCCGGAGCUGGUGUGCUGCAACCCCCAUCACCUUAGCCGACUCUGCGAACUAGAGUCUCCCCCCCCUCCUUACUCCAGAUACCCGAUGGAUUUUCUCAAACCAACUGCAGACUGUCCAGAUGCUGUGCCUUCCUCCGCUGAAACAGGGGGAACAAAUUAUCUGGCCCCUGGGGGGCUUUCAGAUUCCCAACUUCUUCUGGAGCCUGGGGAUCGGUCACACUGGUGCGUGGUGGCAUACUGGGAGGAGAAGACGAGAGUGGGGAGGCUCUACUGUGUCCAGGAGCCCUCCCUGGAUAUCUUCUAUGAUCUACCUCAGGGGAAUGGCUUUUGCCUUGGACAGCUCAAUUCGGACAACAAGAGUCAGCUGGUGCAGAAAGUGCGGAGCAAGAUUGGCUGUGGCAUCCAGCUGACGCGGGAGGUGGACGGGGUGUGGGUGUACAACCGCAGCAGUUACCCCAUCUUCAUCAAGUCCGCCACACUGGACAACCCGGACUCCAGGACGCUGUUGGUACACAAGGUGUUCCCCGGUUUCUCCAUCAAGGCUUUCGACUACGAGAAGGCGUACAGCCUGCAGCGGCCCAACGACCACGAGUUCAUGCAGCAGCCGUGGACUGGCUUCACCGUGCAGAUCAGCUUCGUGAAGGGCUGGGGCCAGUGCUACACCCGCCAGUUCAUCAGCAGCUGCCCGUGCUGGCUGGAGGUCAUCUUCAACAGCCGGUAGCCACGUGGGGAGAGGACAGAGCGUGAGCCGAGCAGGCCACCGUUCAAACUACUUUGCUGCUAAUAUUUUCCUCCUGAGUGCUUGCUUUUCAUGCAAACUCUUUGGUCGUUUUUUGUUGUUGUUUUGUUUUUUUUUCUCGUCGUUCUUGUUUGUGUUCCAUUUUGUUUUGUUCUUUGAGAAAUAGCUUAUGAAAUGAAUUGUUGGGAUUUUUUUUUGGGGGGGGGACGGGUAGGCAUGGUUGGGAGGACACCCCAUAGGAAAAGGAGAAACAAAAAAAAUCAGAGCAGCACCAAACACAAUGUGUGAAUGGGAGCAGUCGCUGAACUUUUGGGUCAUCAUUUCACUUGUCAGGAGUGUGUGUGUGAGUGAGUGUGCACGGCUGUGUGUGUCCGCACGCGUGUGCAUGAACAACAGAUGGGACAAACGAUGAACUCUUUGUGUUUCUUACGGAUGUCCCCGGCUGGGAGGUUUGUGGUCCCACGCUGUGUCUCACUUGCCCUUUGGACAUGCUCAGUGGGGCAGAGGCAGUACCUGGGCAAGCUGGCGACAGGGGUCCCAGCAGCUGCCAGAAACACGGCUCUGCCCCCAGCCUGGGGAAGCCCCCCCGCCCCGCCGCUCCCCCUCCGAGGACACGGGCCUAUCCACAGGCUUCUGAGAAGCAAGCCUGCUAGCAGCUGAACCAGAACCAAUUGUUCUCAUCCUUGUCUUACUCCCCUCCUGCCACCCCCUGCCAUCGUAGCAUCUUUCUUUUUUGGCCAUCUGCUCCUGGAUCUCUCUGAGAUGGGCUUCCCGAGGGCUGCCGGGGCAGCCCGGGCACAGUAUUGCUCACCCAGCAUCCUUGCAGGUCCUCAGCCUCUCCCCCGCCCCGGUUACAUCAGGUUUUUCCCGUACUUAGAAAACCAGCUCAGCACUUUCCGCACCCCCAGCCUGCGUGUUGAGCUCUGCCGUCAGACCAGCAGCGGGGGCACCUCUGGGAAGGACAUGCUUCGCAGUCCCCUCCCCUCCAAGAAGGAUUUGGUCUGUCAUAACCCAAGGUACCAUCCUAGGCUGACACCUAACUCUUCUUUCAUUUCUUCUACAACUCAUACACUCGUAUGAUACUUAGACACUGUUCUUAGCUCAAUGAGCAUGUUUAGACUUUAACAUAAGCUAUUUUUCUAACUACAAAGGUUUAAAUGAACAAGAGAAGCAUUCUCAUUGGAAAUUUAGCAUUGUAGUACUUUGAGAGAGAAAGGACUCCUGAAAAAAAAAAACCUGAGAUUUAUUAAAGAAAAAAAUGUAUUUUAUGUUAUAUAUAAAUAUAUUAUUACUUGUAAAUAUAAAGACGUUUUAUAAGCAUCAUUAUUUAUGUAUUGUGCAAUGUGUAUAAACAAGAAAAGUAAAGAAAAGAUGCACUUUGCUUUAAUAUAAAUGCAAAUAACAAAAUGCCAAAUUAAAAAAGAUAAACACAAGAUUGGUGUUUUUUUCUAUGGGUGUUAUCACCUAGCUGAAUGUUUUUCUAAAGGAGUUUAUGUUCCAUUAAACGAUUUUUAAAAUGUA